AUGGUAACAACUCCUGACAUGUUAUGGUUGGUCAUCGCGAGUGGUGUAGCAUGUUUUUGUAUGGCAUUUGUGACAGGAGCAAAUGAUAUAGCGAACACGUUUAGCACUUCCAUUGGAUCCAAAGCACUAACCAUUAAGAGAGCUUUAAUAAUUGCCUUUUUUUUUGAGGCAUUAGGAGCUUCCUUACUUGGUGGAACAGUCACAGAUUCUAUUCGAUCAAAAAUAAUAAACUUUGAAGCUUUUUACGAUGCGCCCGAAUUUCUGAUGCUUGGUAUGUUUUGCGCCCUUAUGGGUGCAACCAUCUGGCUAGCUAUAGCCACAUGUUUAGGUUUGCCAGUAUCGACAACGCACAGUAUAGUAGGAGCAUUGUUAGGCUUUGGACUGGCAGCAGGGCAUAGUAAAUCGAUAAAAUGGGAGAAAAUACACAGUAUAGUGAUAUCAUGGUUUGCAGCACCGAUAUUGGCAGGAAGUUGUUCAGCCAUAGCGUUUUCCCUAAUACGCCAUUUGAUAUUGAGGAGGAGGAAUUCUUUCCAAAUAAUUAAAAGAUCGUAUUGGUUCCUCAUUUUUCUCAUUACCCAGCCGUUUAGUGUGUUCUUAGUGUUUCAGAACCCGAUAGUGUUGAAUAUGACAUGUAAGAUGAAAAGGGGCACACACUUCAUCACUGAAUCUCCAUGUUACAUUCAAGAUUGGACAGCAGCCCAUCCGUUGUACUCUACGAUAGCUUGUCUGGUCCUUUCCAGCAUCCUCACAUGCAUUGGAUCCGCCAUUAUCUACGUAGUAUAUAACAAGAGACUAAACAACUUCAGUUUUAGGAAGAAGCUAUUCGGAGAUGACAUGAUAAAUGAUUUGGAGAAAAAUGGCAAAGACGCGAAUAACAAUACGAUCUGUAACAUCAACAAUAGUAGCCUCAAUUCGGUUGCUUCGAAUGAGACCCGAGUUACGCAACAAAAGGGAGUUAGCGGGGCAUCGCAGCAACAAGGGAUUAGCGGAUCAAUAACUACAACAACAGCAGCUUCUGUUGGGGGGCCAAUUUUCCCUGGUUCUGGGUUACACUGUGAGAAGAGGAAAAACCAAGCCGAACAGAACUACCAAACGGUCAUUAACAUGAAAAGUAUGGAUGAGAAAAAUGAAAUUUUGGAGAGUAAAAAAAGUGGAAACUUAGCCAGAGUUGGCAGCAGCAUUGACAGUGGCACCAACAGUGUUGGUAGUAAUAUAUCCCAAACGGUGAUCGAGAAUUUUGACCAGCAGACAGAGAUUGUUUUUUCGUCCCUCCAGAUUAUUAGUGCUAUUUUAGGGGUGGUGGCCCAAAGUGCAAACGACACGGCUAAUGCAAUAGGUCCUUUUGCUGCAGUUUUUAACACGUAUAAUAACGGUAUUAAAGGGAAGCUAAAAGUGCAGUGGUACAUUCUUCUGUUUGGAGGUCUGUCCAUGUCCCUUGGUCUGUCCGUUCUAGGUUAUCGAGUCAUUAGAACCGUGGGAAUGAAGUUAAUUAGAAUUACUCCUUCUAGAGGUUUCACCAUUGAACUUAUUUCCGGGUUGGUCGUCCUACUUUUUAGUAUCUGUGGUAUACCUCUCAGUUCCACCCAUUGUGCAGUAUCUAGUGUAAUUGGUGUGGGUCUCGUAGAGGCAAAAAUAUCGGAAGAAAAUGACGCCAACUGUGGAACCAACAACCAGGGAAUGAAGCUACUGGGCAAGGAUAUGUCCCCAAUGGAUAAGAAUGCAAAUGUGCCUGUAAAGAAGAAGAGCUUGUUUUGCUUCCUAUCCUUUUUGAACACCUCCUGCGUGAACUUGAAGCUCUUUAGGACCAUUUUUCUUUCCUGGAUCAUCACGGUGUCCUUUUCGGCCUCCGUAACCGCAGCGAUAUUCUCCUUUGCAGCCUACAGCCCGUCGUACGUUGCAAAGGCGCCGGUAGUAGUUCCCACAUAA